CCCUAGAACUAGGAGAUAGGGAAGUUGUCUGACAAUAAUUAGCCAGCAGAAAUACUUUUUAGGUCACGAGAAAAUAGAUAUGAAGUUCUUAAAUAGGUGUGGUGCAUAGGCGUAGUGUAUAGGUGUAGUAUAAGUUACAUUUACAUAUCCUACACUUCCCACAGGAUAUAAAAAAACUAGAAGUCGCCUUCUAAGCUUGGGAACGACGUGCCUUCUACGCUACAACCAGACUCAUCUCCUUGUCACUAUGCCGUUCCCCUUUGGGAAGUCUCAGAAGAACCCUGCGGAGAUUGUGAAGAGUCUGAAGGAGAACGUAGCUUACUUGGAAAAGCUGGAUGCGGCAGAAAGCAAAAAAUGUGAAAAGGUUGCAGAGGAGGUGUCUAAGAACCUAUCAUCUCUGAAAGAGGUGCUGUGUGGUUCAGGGGACAAGGAGCCCCAAACGGAGGCUGUGGCCCAACUUGCCCAGGAGCUGUACAACACCAACCUCCUCAUUGCUCUCAUUGCAAACCUGCAGAGGAUUGAUUUUGAGGGAAAGAAGGAUGUGGUGCAUCUGUUCAGCAACAUUGUGCGGCGCCAGAUUGGCACCCGUACACCCACGGUUGAGUAUAUCUCCUCACACCCACAGAUCCUCUUCAUGCUGCUGAAAGGGUACGAGAGUGCAGAGGUGGCUCUGAACUGUGGGGUGAUGUUAAGGGAGAGCCUGCGUCAUGAGCCCCUGGCACGCACAAUUCUCUUCUCGGAGGAAUUCUACUGCUUCUUCCGCUAUGUAGAGUUCUCCACCUUCGACAUCGCCUCAGACGCUUUCGCUUCGUUCAAGGAUCUUCUCACAAGACACAAGAUUAUGUGUGCAGAUUUUCUGGAGACCAAUUAUGACCGGGUGUUUACAGAAUAUGAGAAGCUACUGCAUUCCGAGAAUUAUGUCACCAAACGGCAGUCCCUAAAGCUCCUGGGAGAGCUUCUUCUGGACAGACACAACUUCACUGUGAUGACCAAAUACAUCAGCCGGGCUGAGAACUUGAAGCUGAUGAUGAACAUGCUGAGAGACAACAGCCGCAACAUCCAGUUUGAGGCCUUCCAUGUCUUCAAGGUGUUUGUGGCCAACCCCAACAAGACCCAGCCGGUGCUGGACAUCCUGCUGAAGAAUCAGGCCAAGCUGGUGGACUUCCUGAGCCGUUUCCAGAGAGACCGCUCCGAGGACGAGCAGUUCUGUGACGAGAAGAUUUACCUGAUCAAGCAGAUCCGUGACCUGAAGAGGCCCACAGCAUCAGAGGAGGCAUGAGGGAGACAGGCAGGCGGACAGCACCAGAGGAGGAAUGAGGGGACAGCACCAGAGGAAGCAUGAGGGAGACAGUCAGGGGGACAGCACCAGAGGAGGCAUGAGGGGACAGGCAGGGGGACAGCGCCAAAGCACAGGUAGUGGUGAUGCUAGUGAUUUUGGUUGGGGCCUUGGAGUAUUCAGAGAGAGAAUGAUAGUGAGAGAAGCAUACUUAACUAGAUUCCAUUACUCUGCCCUUCUCUUAACUUCAAACAUAGGAACAAUAUACUGUACAAAGUCGCCCCCCCCCUCCCCCACACGCAACAGGAGUGACCCGAGAACUGUUAGUUAAACCAUAGAUCUAUUUCAGCCAGCAGGUAUGACAUCAAUGCACUUAGUCAGAUGAUGGUUUAUUGAACCUUAAACACACCAUUAGCCUCUUUAAUAAGCACAGUAGCACACCUGAGCAAUUUCCUGGGAAAUCAGGAUAAGUGGUCCACAAAACAGAAUACACUCUCCCCGACACAGACUCCCCAAACCUUACAUGAACUUUGAAAUGGAUUUGUAAGCUUUUAAAGACCGAUGUCCUAUAUGAUAUUUUAGGGAUUAGAAUAUAAAAAUAAAGAUUAUUUUGCUGGGGUUAUUCAGUUAACAUUUA